AUGGAAGCUUCAGUAUCACCAUCAGCUGGCACUGGGCUGCCUGGUCUUGGUCUAUCGAUGACACCCUUCUCUAUACCUGAAUCUUCAGUGUCGAUGAAGUCAACUGUAUCUGCAAAUGAAACAGGCAUUGAAGGAAGAAUUCAAGAAGAGGAAGAAGAACAGGAAUACAAAAAAUUGGGCGAAAAAGGAGAAACGACAUAUAUGGAAGCUUCAGUAUCACCAUCAACUGGCACUGGGCUGCCUGGUCUUGGUCUAUCGAUGACACCUUUCUCUAUACCUGAAUCUUCAGUGUCGAUGAAGUCAACUGUAUCUGCAAAUGAAACAGGAAUUGAGGAAAGAAUUCAAGAAGAGGAAGAAGAAAUGAAAAGACUGGGAGAAAAGGGAGAAACGACAUAUAUGGAAGCUUCAGUAUCACCAUCAGCUGGCACUGGGCUGCCUGGUCUUGGUCUAUCGAUGACACCCUUCUCUAUACCUGAAUCUUCAGUGUCGAUGAAGUCAACUGUAUCUGCAAAUGAAACAGGCGUUGAAGGAAGGAUUCAAGAAGAGGAAGAAGAAAAUACAAAAAAUGGGCGAAAAGGAGAAACGACAUAUAUGGAAGCUUCAGUAUCACCAUCAGCUGGCACUGGGCUGCCUGGUCUUGGUCUAUCGAUGACACCCUUCUCUAUACCUGAAUCUUCAGUGUCGAUGAAGUCAACUGUAUCUGCAAAUGAAACAGGCAUUGAAGGAAGGAUUCAAGAAGAGGAAGAAGAAAUGAAAAGACUGGGAGAAAAGGGAGAAACGACAUAUAUGGAAGCUUCAGUAUCACCAUCAGCUGGCACUGGGCUGCCUGGUCUUGGUCUAUCGAUGACACCCUUCUCUAUACCUGAAUCUUCAGUGUGGAUGACGUCAACUGUACCUGCAAAUGAAACAGGCGUUGAAGGAAGGAUUCAAGAAGAGAAGAAGAGGAUAAAUUGA